AUGCUUCGGUUUCUGGGCCCCUUCCGGCGGCGAAGGAUCGUUUUCGGGAUACUUGCAACAUGGCUGCUAUACCUCUUCUUCAAGCAUAUGCCAACAGACUUGGUGCCGGUCAAUCAGAGGUUUGAUUCCCGUUACGGACGUCUUGGAGGACGUCCUGGCCAGGGUCCUGUCAGUGGGAGUAGUCACACUUCUCACCACGAUAUCGAGGACGAAUACGAUGGCCCCGUCCGUUUCUUCGGUCUCGCGCCAUCCCUCCGACCUUUCUUUAAUGAACCGCCGGCGCACAAAGCGAGCGUCCUAUUCGCAUUCGCGAGUCUCCGAAGCGCAUCCCCUAUCGUGGCCGCAGCCUGCAGUAUGGCGGUACAAAACCGCUCCACGGUGCACGUAGCAGCUAUGGGAAAGGAAGAAGUCACAAAGGAACAAGUCCUCAAGAUCAACAGGAUUGUGCCUGGCGACUGCCCCGUCUAUUGGCACCCAGCUCAGGUGGAUUUCGCUACGCAGUCCAGCCCGUCUCGUCUUUCCAGAGGCGUGGAAGGCGCACUGAGCCACAUACACCGAGCACUUGCACCACGAGCUGUUUUGUUCGACGACUCUCAGAGAGAAGAUGACUAUCUUCGACAAGGGCUUUCCAAGGCUGCCGAGUCAUACGGUGUAACUUCUAUCCAGAUACCACACCAUGAGUCCUGGCUGCUCGAUCUUGAUGCGAAUGCCCUUAGCUGGUGGGACAAGAUUCAAGUCGAUAUAGUUAUUCGAGUACAGCCUGAAUCAGCUGGAUCCCUACUACGGUUGUUGAGGAGCCUUCGCUCGGCAGACUACGGUGGCCUUCCACUACCCAGAAUUGUCAUCGAUCUCCCGGCGCGCACCGAUAUGCACGUUCUGGAACACCUGCGUCGGUUCGUCUGGCCACCUCGCUCGCCGACGGCAGAAUCCAAAUUGACUCUGCGACAUCGAGUGGACGACAAAUCCCUCAGCCCUGCAGCAGCAGCUCUGCAGGCGAUUGAGUCAUUCUACCCGGUAGACCCAACGAGCUCGCAUGUUUUGGUGUUAUCGCCAGAGGUUGAACUGUCCAAGAAUUACUACCAGCUUCUCCUGUAUCUCCUUCUCGAGUAUAAGUAUGGGGAGCCGGCUGCGAUCAUGGGAGAUGGCCUCAUGGGUAUUUCGUUGCUCGGUUUUGCAGAUUCGAUGACCGAGCACCGGCCUUUUGUGCUAUCCCAGUCGCUGCAGACGAAUGCCGCGCUCUUCUUCGGCGACCAGUGGGCGGAGAUGCACCAGUAUCUAUCGAUGCGCUUGACCGUGGAUCCUCAGCUCUCGAAGGAGGCGGAGACGGAAACGGAGGCGGCGGGCUCCGCUUCCCUGCCUACCUGGGCCAAGCUGGCUUCAGAGAUGAUGCGAGCGCAAGGGUAUACAAUGCUGUACCCACACCUCAGGAGCGUUGACUCACCUCUGGCGGCAUUGCACACUGAGCUGCCCUCCACAUCAGAAGAAGAAAAUGACGAGGUCCCUGCCGUAAUGACCACGUUGGAGCUGGGGGCGGAGAAAGACUUCCUGACAGCACAGAGCAGUAAAACAGACCGAGCUGCGGAGGCUCGGACACUGUCCAGAGCAUCCUUGCUGUCGUUUUUGGGACGAGGCAAUGGUCAAGAUGAUUCACUGGCUCCAGCUCGCGAACAACUUCCAUUGUAUUCACAUCAAGGCAAACUUAUUGACAUGAAGACACUCGCAGAGCAAGCAUCGUUGUUUGCCAAGCAACUAUCGACCACAGUUGGCCAGUGCCCCAAUGACCAAGCUGGCCAGUCCGGAAAUCUGGAAUCACUCUUCUGCUAA